AUGAAAAAGGCAGAGGAAGAACUUCUGGAAGCCUUUCUAGCUGAAGGCCAGUCAACCAAAAAUGCAAGACUGGUUUUAACAGCAACUGUUUCAGCACAGAAAGAAGUUAUUGAAAGGAGCUACAAUAUUCCAGAGAUCUCAAAGUACUUGGACCUUAUUAGUGUCAAGACAUUUGAUUUUCAUACAUUUAAAGAUGGCAUUGCAAGACAUCACAGCCCUUUGUACAGUGCCAUCCAUGACAAGGAGGACAUCAACUCAAACACCGAUUUUGCUCUGCAAUACUGGAGAGUUCAGGGAGCUCCUGCAGGGAAGUUGUUGAUGGGCUUUGCCACGUAUGGACGUUCCUUCAUCCUCACCUCCUCUCAGAGUGGAGUUGGAGCCCCAGCUAAUAAGUUGGCUUCUCCUGGCCCGUAUACACAAGAGAUGGGCUUGUGGUCUUACUUUGAAAUAUGUCUUUUCCUCAAUGGUGGUGUAGUACAGUGGAUAGAAGACCAGAAAGUUCCUUUUUCUAUUAAAGGCAGUGACUGGGUGGGCUUUGAUAAUCUGAGGAGCUUUGAGAUUAAGAUGAAAUACUUACAGGAACAUGGCUUUGGGGGUGCAUUUGUAUGGGCUUUAGACCUGGAUGACUUUUCUGGAUAUUUCUGUGGCCAAGGCAAUUACCCUUUAGUCAACCAUCUGAAGAAAUGGUUAAUACUUGGAGCAAAAGAUGAAUUGGAUGGUUCCAUGACUACAAGCUCUUUUGCAACAGUUGGGAAGGGUUCUUCAGCACGGCCAACAUGUGUGAAGAUUCUCAGCUCUCUUCCAGCAUUGACAAUCUUUACUCAUCAGUCAAGUGUUCCUUCAGGAUACAGACAGUGCGGAGCGACCCUUCAAGAAGCACUUGAGAUCACCAGGGAACGUCUCAGCCACUGCAGGUGA